AUGACCAUUGGGCCUAGACAGUUUUUAAAUUCUUAUUCAGCUUGUGGGACCGCCCCUUCUUUGUUGAACAAAUUGAGAGAGCAAGGAAAAGGUCAAGUUGUGAGCCCAUUUCUUUCUAUUGGGCCGUUAGCCAAGGAAAAGGAAAAGGGGCUGGUUAUUUGUAAAAAUAAUAAUGGAAUUUUUGGUGAUGGACCACCCAAGACUCUUUCUAAUGAGAGCUUUAUUUGUGGGCAAGAGGUUAAAUUUCACCAUGAUGAAAAAUUAGCUUUGUCUAAUUUUUUUCAAACUCAGGAUACCCUUUUGCAAGAGCUUAAGAAUUUUGGAAGCUUGGAUCUAUAUGAGAUUAAAGCCAUUGGUGGAGACAUUGGAGUUCCAACCAUUUCUGAGACUAAUGCAAGAUCUACUCCGCUCAAAAAGCGAAAGUUUGAUGGGGCUUCCACGUCCCUCUGCCCACGGCCUUGGAAGCUUCUUCGGCCCCUUCCUUGGGCUAUUCGUGAUUUUUCUUGGAACACAGAGAAAAGUAAUAAUGCUACCAAUGUUAAGGAGGACGAGUCCUCUGGGGAUAUCUCUUUAUCCAAUAGCGAAUCCAUCGGCCCGGAAAAUUGGUGUACUAAAGGAAAGAAUGUGAUCUCAUCAAGGCCAAUGGAGGGGACUUUCGUGGUGGAGGACUCUGGUUCUUUUGGGUCGGCCCAUUCUCAUACCCCUGUGGAGGAGAUGCUUGUGGGAGGUAUUAUUUUGGCUUGGAAAAUUGGUUUUGAGCUUGAGUGUAUUGCUUACUCCCAAAACCACAUAUCUGGUAUUGUGUAUUCGGAUCCUCCUUCGCAUCCUUGGCUUCUUUCUUGUGUCUAUGGUCCCCCGUACUUUCAUGCUAAGAGAACUUUCUGGGAAACCUUAAUGGAAACUGGGGAUAGGUUUGGAGGCCCGUGGCUUAUCUUGGGUGACACAAACUUUGUUCUAAGCGACUCUGAGCGUGAAGGGUCUAAAGGCAGAGAUCAGUUUGUCCCGGUUAUCUCAAGUUUGGUUAAUGCCAGGGGUCUCAUUAAUAUGCCUAUCCAGGGUGAGAGGUUGACUUGGGACAACCAUCGUUCUGGGUCCAACCAUGUUAAGUCUGCGCUAGACAAGGGUCUAAUUAAUGGUGAUUGGAUGCGUCUUUUUCCGAAGGCUGUUCUCUGCUCCUUCCAAACAUCCAACUCGGAUCACCGACCGUUGUGUCUGUUCUCUGAUGGUCUGGUGGAGAAGACCCGAAGAAGCUUUAAGUUUGAGGAAGCCUGGACUAGGGAUGUGCGUAGCAAUUUGGUGGUUGAUUCUGCGUGGAAAUCGGUGGAUUUCCCUUGGGCCCCUGCUAGGGUCUUCAAGAAAAUUGGGGCUACUCGGGUCGCUCUUAUGCAUUGGAAUAGGUCCCAGUUUGGUAAACUGGAUACCCUCAUUAGUGAUCUGGAAAGAAGGCUUGAUCUCAUUCAGAGUUUGCCAGUGGGAUCUCGACAGUGGGAGACUGAAAGGAAUUUGCGCGCUACCCUUAAUGAAGCCCGUGUGAGGAAAGAGGUGUAUUGGAAACAAAGAUCCAGGGUCUCUUGGCUGAAGGAAGGGGACAAAUGUUCAAAAAUUUUCUUCCUCUCUGCUGCCAUAAAAGGUAGGAGGAAUGCCAUUGACAGCAUCCUCAAUAAAGACAAUGUGUGGAUUUCCAAAAGGGAGCUUAUUGGGAAUGAAUUCAUGGAGUUCUUCCAAGGCAUCUUCACUAGAACGGACAAUGGCAUUGCUCUUAAUUGCAACGAUUUAGUCCGGGACUGUUUGUCUUCGGAAGACCAAGCCGAUCUUAUUAGAAGACCCUCUCUUGAGGAAAUUCGAACUACUCUGUUUGCUAUGAGUAGUAACAAGGCCCCGGGUCCUGAUGGUAUGUCUGUUCUUUUCUUUAAACACUACUGGGAUUCUGUUGGGUCUGACUUCUGCGAAGCGGUUGUGGAUUUCUUUCAAACAGGGCGUAUGCAUAAAGGAGUCAAUACUACUAACAUUGUCCUGAUCCCCAAAAUUCAAAAUCCGAAGAGACCUAAUCAUUUCCGCCCAAUAUCUCUCUGCAAUGUGGUGUAUAAGGUUAUUUCUAAGAUCAUUGCCAAUCGGAUCAAACCACUAUUACCGAAGAUUAUCUGCCCUACCCAAGCUGCGUUCGUUCCUGGAAGGAAUAUUCAGGAUAAUAACAUCAUGUGUUGUCCUGUUUUAAUGUUCCCCACGAGUUUCGGAAUUGGAUCCUCCCUCAAUAUUUGUCUUAAUGGGGGACCUGUUGGUAAGAUUUUUCCCUCUUGCGGCCUCCGGCAAGGUGACCCCUUAUCUCCCUAUCUUUUUAUCUGGGCGGCUGAAAUACUAUCUAGGAUUCUGGAAAAUGCCCAAAAUUUGGGGAUCAUUAAGGGGAUCAGCCGAGUAGGGGGCCCUCUUCUUUCUCAUAUUUUCUUUGCCGAUGAUCUCAUUCUAGUCGGGAAAGCAAACGCGGAGGAGGCCAAGGGUUACUGGGAUUGUCUGGAGAAAUUCUGCUCUUGGUCGGGACAAAAAGUGAAUAAAAUGAAGAGCUCAAUUUUCUUUAGUAAGAAUACUCCUAAUAACAUGAAGCAGAGGAUAAGGGAGAUGUUGGGUUUAGGAUCGCCAGAGGGUAAUGUUAAUUAUUUGGGGCUUCCUCUUUUCAGAUCAAAACAAAAGGAUGCAGAUUUUAACUUUAUUCUGGAUAACCUGACGACUAAAUUGCAUGGUUGGAAAGCAAAAACUCUAUCUAAAGCGGGGCGUGCAACUCUUAUCAAGUCUGUGGGUCUAGCUCUUCCUCUGUAUGCUAUGCAAACUACCAAACUUUCUAAUAAACUUGCCCGGAAGAUUGAUGGAUUGGUGCGCGAUUUCUGGUGGGGUUCUGAGAAGGGUAACAAAGGAAUUCACCUAAAAGCCUGGGACAAACUCUGCCUCCCCAAAUCCCUAGGGGGUUUGGGCUUCCGAAAAUCCAAAGAAAUGAACCAAGCUUUCCUCGCUAAGUGGGGGUGGAAUCUUCUGACAGGGAACCAGUCUUUAUGCUGCCGUAUCCUUGAGGCCAAAUACCUUAGAGGAAAGUCCUUCCUAGAUUGUGUUCCGAAAGCCUCGGACUCGUGGUUUUGGAAGAAUGUAACUAAAUCAAGAGACGUCAUUCGUAAAGGGGCUUGUAAGCGUGUGGCAGAUGGCCAGGAUACCAACAUUUGGUUGGACCCUUGGAUUGCGCAUCUAAAGGGAUUCACUCCCCAUUCUAGUGGGCGGGUAGUGAGUAGAGAAACCAAGGUAGCCGAGCUCCUGUUACAGAAUGGUGGAUGGAAUAUCCAAAAGCUCCACAGUUUGUUUAAUCAAGAAACGAUCUCUGCUAUCCUGAGUGAGGGUAUUCCUGCUGGACGAGGCAAGGAUAGCUGGUUCUGGACCUUGGAAAGUAAUGGUCGGUUCUCCUGCAAAUCAGCCUAUUUGGCCCAGACUGUGGAUAGUUCGAGCCCUAGAGAGGUUGCUCCCUCUAUGUGGAACAAGCUUUGGAAUAGUAAAAUUCCAGAGAGACUCAAGGUCCUUUGGUGGUGUAUUCUGUCCAAGGCUCUCCCAGUUCGAUCCGUGCUAGGUAGAAGGUUUCCUAUUGAGGAUGAGAGUUGCCCCCUGUGCGGAACAGAAAGUGAAACUAUGGAGCAUUUAUUUCUCUCUUGUAAUGUUGCCUUUCACCUAUGGCGGUCAUCUCCUUGGGGUAUCUUCCCUAUAUGUGACGCUGGUAUAAGAAUGUGGGAUUGGGUUAAGUUCUUAUGGGAUCUCAAAAACAAAGGAAUUAAUGAGCAGGAGACCUUUUUAUAUGCUUCGAUCAUCAUUGACACAAUCUGGCGGACUCGGAAUGAAAAGGUACAUAAUAAUAGUCCGGUGGAUAUCUUUAAAUGUAUAGACUCUGUUCGUUUUUCUUUUGCAGAUCAUCAUGCUUACUUGCUCCCUUGUCCAACCCGGUGCUUGACGGAAUCUUGGUGUCCACCCCCACAGGAUUGGUUGAAGCUCAACUGCGACGUUAGAGUGGGGAUGGAUAGCAUGUGCGCUGCAGUGGUUGCAAGGGAUCACGUCGGCAAGGUGAUCUGGGUUUCUACAAAAAGACUGGAUUUUUCUAAUGCUCUCUGUGGGGAAGUGGCGGCUUGCUGUUUGGCUAUAGAGGAGGCUAAAGCUCGUGGUAUUGAGUUCCUUAUUGUGGAGAGUGAUUCGUGGGUGGUGAUCAACGCUCUCAAUGGGAAGGAGUCCUGUUGGGAGCUUGAUAACUAUGUCUCUUUUUGUAAAAAUACCUCCACCUCUUUUAUUGGUUGUACUUUUCAAUUUGUUCGUAGACAGUGUAAUUUUAUGGCCCAUAAUGUGGCUAAUUGGGCAUUUUCCCAUCAGAGGUUUGGCUCUGUGCCAAUUUCCUCUAUGCCUGAUAUUAUAUUUUGUAAUGACCGCGAGGUCUAA